AUGGGAACAUGGGCAGCGAAAUACCGUUGGUUGCAGAACCCAUCAAGGGCUUAUCUCCAUUGUGAGAAUAUGGCUUUUAAUUCAGUUCCACCUGGUUUUGCGUCUCGUACAUCCUUCGUGCUGAAGAGGAUGGAAAAAGUUGAAGAAACUAAUGGUGUCAAUGCUUCUAAACAAGAGCCAAUCCAGAUGGACUCCACAUCUGACCUGACUGACAUGGAUAAACUGAAAAGAUCUCUUCAGCAUAGGCCAUGGAUACUUUUCGACCAAAGUGAUUACAACUCAGAGGAACCUGAAUCUGAACAGUUUGAUAUGGACCCCCCAGCAAAAACUUGUCUCCCUAAAGGUGUUACUCAUGGAUGUCCAGAUUGCAGUGAUUGUCUGAAGGUAACAGGAAGGUGGCGUCCUGAAGAUGCAAGAAUAGAUGUCCUUGAAGAAGCACCUGUUUUCCACCCAACAGAAGAGGAAUUUAAAGACAUGCUUAAAUAUAUUGCAACUAUACGUGUAAGAGCAGAGCAAUAUGGUAUUUGUCGUAUUGUUCCUCCUCCUUCCUGGAAACCUCCAUGUCUUAUUAAGGAAUACCCCAUAUGGAAAAGAUCUACAUUUUCUACCCAUAUUCAGCGGAUUGAUGGGCUACGAAAUCAGAGUUCACCGAGUAAAAUGGAUGGCUUUUAUGAAAGCACAAAAAAGAAGAGGAGAAGAAUCUUGAGAGUGGGUUUGGACAGUGGAUCUACCUCAAGUCCAGGUGAAACGGGACAUUCAUAUGUCAAAGGCUUUGAACCAGAACCUGGUCGAGAAUUCACUCUUGAGAAUUUUAAGAGAUAUGCAGCUGAUUUCAAGAGUCAAUAUUUCCGCAAAAGUGAAGUCACAGGCAGACAAGAGAAGUGGGUUCCAUCACUGGAGAAUAUUGAAGCUGAAUAUAAACGUAUUACUGAGAACCCAACUGAAGAGAUUGAGGUGCUUUGUGGUGAUAAUUUGGAGACCAAAGCUCUUGGCAGUGGAUUUCCAACAGUAUCUAAAGAUUCCAAUCCUUUGGCAACGUCAGAUCACACUGAAUAUUUAGCAUCAGGCUGGAACUUAAAUAAUCUGCCCAGACUGCCUGGUUCUCUUCUUUCUUUUGAAAGCCAUGACACUUGUCAUAUUUUGGUACCUCAGGCUCGUGUGGGAAUGUGCUUUUCAUCUUUUCAUUGGAAAGUUGAAGAGCACCAUUUAUACUCAUUGGCUUACACACAUCUGGGUGCUCCUAAAAUAUGGUAUGGUGUCCCUGGGAAAUAUAGUGUUAAUUUUGAGGCAGCCAUGAGGAGCUUCUUUUCAGAAUCAUCAUCAGAACAGCCUGAAUUGCAAAAUGGGCUGGUUAAACAAUUACCGCCCUCCACACUGAAAUCACAGGGCAUACCAGUCUUUCGUUGCAUUCAGUCUCCUGGGGAGUUUGUUCUUGUCCUCCCAGGGGCUUAUCAUUCGGGAUUUGAUUGUGGCUUUAAUUUUUCUGAGACGGCAUGUGUUGCUCCCCUAGACUGGUUGCCUCAUGGACAGGAGGCUGUUGAACUUUACCGCGAACAGGGGAGGAAAACAUCUAUAUCCCAUGAUAAGCUGCUGCUUGGAGCAGCUAGGGAAGCUGUGAGGGCACAGUGGGAUUCACUGUUUAGGAAGAACACCUCAGAUCAUUUCCUCUGGAAAGAUGCCUAUGGAAAGGAUGGGAUCUUAACACAUGUAUUCAAGUCACGUCUCAGUUCUGAAGCCAUUUGCCGGAAAUAUCUUUGCAAGUCUAAACAGUCACGGAGGAUGAAAUCAAAUUUUGAUGUUACAAGCAAAAAGGAGUGCAGCAUUUGUCUCCGUGAUCUGCAUUUUUCUGCGGCAGCUUGUCCUUGUUCUGCAGACAGAUAUUCAUGUCUCUUACACGCAAAGCAACUAUGUUCUUGUGCUUGGAGUGACAAGAUUUUCCUCUACCGUCACCAGAUCGAUCAUUUAUAUCUACUUCUUGAAGCUUUGGAAGGAAAGUUAGAUGCAGUCUUCAAAUGGGGCAAAGAUGAUCUUGGAUUGGCUCUGCAUGUGCAUCGUCCGAAGAAUAUUGGGCAUGUAGAUGGUCCAACCACUAAUGCUCAGAAAACUAAACAGAAAGAGUCCAUGUCUCAAGAUGCAUUCAGGGCAGAAUUGAAGGCACGUAUGCUGCAAUCUAUAAUCUCAAGUAAGUUGAAAGCAAACGAUCAUCCAUCUGGAACUCUUGAUGCUGCAACAGCGAAUGUGAAUGAUACAAAUUCUGUGUCUAGCAUCCAGGCAAAGGUGAAGGCACAUGUGCUCCAAUCAACAAUCUUGAAUGAACAGAAAGCAAAGGAGAACACAGUAGGACCUACUAUUAUCCCAAACACAACAGGAAAUAAUGCUCCUUCUCUACCGACAGAGGCAAUGAAGGGGACGAACAAUACUCCGCUUCCACCGACAGAGGCAAUAGAGGAGACAUCCGAUGUUUCAUCCGUAAGUACAAGUGAAACAAGUUCCUCAGACUCUGAGGAUUUAAUCCCAGAUCUUGACUUUCUUUUCCGUGGAAAAGAACAAGCUGCCUGUCCUCUCGAGAAAGGCAGUGUUCCUGGGAAGCUAUUGAAAGGUGGUCAUCCAGCCGACAAUGGGGCAUCUUCGAACCCUUUGGUUUCAGAGAAUCAAACUUCAAGAAAAGCAGGCUCUCAGAGUGGAAUUGUUCUUCUUAGUGAUGACAGUGAUGGUUAG